GCUUGUCUUGUUUUUGCAGAUCAUGUUCGAGACCUUCAACUGCCCGGCCAUGUACGUCGCCAUCCAGGCCGUGCUCUCCCUCUAUGCCUCCGGUCGUACCACCGGUAUCGUCUUGGACUCUGGCGAUGGUGUCUCUCACACUGUUCCCAUCUAUGAAGGUUAUGCUCUGCCCCACGCCAUCCUUCGUUUGGACUUGGCCGGCCGUGACUUGACUGACUACUUGAUGAAGAUCUUGACCGAGCGUGGCUACAGCUUCACCACCACCGCUGAGCGUGAAAUCGUUCGUGACAUCAAGGAGAAAUUGUGCUACGUCGCUUUGGACUUCGAGCAGGAAAUGGCCACCGCCGCUGCCUCCACCUCCCUUGAGAAAUCCUAUGAAUUGCCCGAUGGCCAGGUCAUCACCAUCGGUAAUGAACGUUUCCGUUGCCCCGAAGCCCUCUUCCAGCCCUCAUUCUUGGGUAUGGAAUCGUGCGGUAUCCACGAGACCGUCUACAACUCGAUCAUGAAGUGCGACGUCGACAUCCGUAAGGAUCUGUACGCCAACACUGUCCUCUCCGGCGGAACCACCAUGUACCCCGGUAUUGCUGAUCGUAUGCAAAAGGAAAUCACCGCCUUGGCCCCAUCCACCAUCAAGAUCAAGAUCAUCGCUCCCCCUGAGCGUAAAUACUCCGUCUGGAUCGGUGGCUCCAUCUUGGCCUCUCUGUCCACCUUCCAACAGAUGUGGAUCUCCAAACAGGAAUAUGACGAGUCCGGCCCUGGCAUUGUCCACCGCAAAUGCUUCUAAGUCAUCUGUCUAGCACUAUACGACGGGAGAAGGAGGCAAACUUCGCUCUCCACCUUAUGUAGGCCUAAUGCCAUGAAUUUACUGGGCGCUGCUUUUUUUUUUUACUUCUUGUUGUUCUUGAUUUGUUGCUACAUUAUUUUGAAAUUCGUUUUUUUUUUUUGUUGACCAAAUUUUUUGCUGUCAACUUAACUUUUUUGUUGUUUCAGUUCGAAGGUUGUAUUUUGGAAACGAUGAAACUGUGUCAAACCCACAUGCAGUUGAGUUGUGAAUGCAAGUUCAGCUAUCCGAAA